CUCCCCAGAAAACUGGGACCAACGAUUUUGAAGCUUUCCAACUUCACACUUCUCAGUUGUACAAACGCGCCUCUGUACAUUUCCUUCAUGAGCUGUAACAAGCUUCAACGAAGCUGAUAACAGUGCGGCUGUAAGCCUCGAGGGCCUCGGCAUUACGACGAUAUGAUGGCAGGCCCCUUCCAACCAUCCCGUGACGAUAUCAAGGCUUUCCUGAGCUUGGUCCCCGAUGUACCUGAAUCAGAAGUUAUAUUACGAUUGAAGGGAAAUAACAACAAUGUCGAGCAAGCCAUAGGCGAAUACUUUGACGACGCUGGGUCUGGAAACAAGUACCAUUGGAAUGAAGCGGAGUUCAGCAGCGAUCGGGAGGGUACUCAAAACAAUGCUGGAAUAUCGUUCAACAUACACGCCGCUGAUGACAUUGGAUCAUAUGGAACAUUCUCUGGAGCUCCUUCCCGACCGCCUUCGCGGACAAGCAACAACAAGUCUCCACUCAGUAAGGUCAUAGACUUGACUGCAGAGCAUGCACUAGCCGACCCUAGGACUUCGAUGUCUCAUCAGGACCAGCAUGACCGGGAAUUGGAACAAGUACUUUCUCUUUCGAGACAGGAAUGUGGACUACCACCGCAAGAAAGUGGAAUAACUGGCACAGACCAGAAAUACUUUGGCCCCGCGACCCGCAAUGAAUACGAGCAAGGCAAGUGGGAGAUGGUUCCUAUGAGCAAGAGCUCUGCUCAAGAAAUCAUGUUGGACCCUGGCCCUGCGGAGCGGAAACGAGACCUCGACGUACCUGCCUUCUUGAAGCCCAGCAUACAGAACCACCGUCUCAAUGCUCUAUUCACAAUCUAUCAUGAAAUUCCUCUUACUCGAAACAUCUUUCUAAAGCCGAUGGACGUCCUCCCCAGUUAUGGAAAUGAUAAUGAGUGGUGGACUGGCAAAACGAUUGAUCUUCCAUCAUUAACUGGCGAAGAUUCUCCCGAGGAACAAACGGUCGACAGAGAGCUUCAGCGGAUCAUGGCUUUCCUUGAUAAGACGGACCGCAGUUAUGGUUCUGCUGAUGCGUUGGCAAACAUGGCUGAUGUGAAGAAGGCAUCACGACACUGGGACACAGCUGAGGCAGCCGUAAUGGCCGCGUGGAAACAUUUAUUGGCUGAAGAGAAUCAUGGUGUAGUGAAGAAGGUUUUCAGCAGAGGUGUCGAAUCGGAAGAACAGGAAGAUACCCCGCAAGGAACAGAGUUUGCCAUCCUCGAACUGCCACUCCCACCCGAGGACUCUGACCAGGAGAAUAUCUACGACAUCGCUGAUGACAUGCUGUGGCCUAAUUUACUGUUGCGAGACGCCGACAAAUGCUCGUACUUGUCACAUGUGGCUGAUGUCAUUGCUUUCCGAUUCGAGGGCAACAUGGAGUCGUAUAAGAAGAUCGACAUCCCUGCUGUCUGGUAUCCAGAUCGGUAUCUGAAAGAUGGAAGACAGGCAGCUUUAGAGAUGCGUCAGAAGAAGGUUGUGGUUAAAGAAACACUGGAGCAAGCAUCUCGCUUGGAAGAUUAUUUGACGUCCUAUCAGAUGCGUGGACCCGGUGGAGGGAAAGUCGUGAAGGUUCAGGAUCUGUUCAAAGCUUCACUCAGACAUGACGAGGCCGAAAUCCUGGAAGACCAGACGAUUGAUGACUCAGAGCUUGAUGGUAUUCCAACUCAGCGCCAGAGCAAGGCUGCAGCAGUCCUCUCUAAAGAACUGCAAAAGGUCAUGGCGAAGAUUGACAGGAAGUUGACGGCUUUGAAUGAAUCCAAAGAAAAGGCGCGAGAGGAGUUGCGACAGCUCUCGAAACUUUAUACUGAACCUUCAAAUGACCCGUCGGAGCCCAAACUACAUGCUUACUCACUCCGUGGAGUCAGUAUUAGUAAGAGUACCUUUUACAUUUGCAGAAGAGCGGAGCCAGAUCUGAUUGAUAUGGAUCUGGAUGAUGAUGGACGGAAGGCCAGCGGUGAUCAAUGGUGGAGGAUCCACUAUACUCCAAUAGGAUAUAGUCCUGUGACUGUAGAAAAAACAACACUGGAUCAGGUUCUCGAGGCCACGAGGAAUGAAAUUAGAAAUGCGAUCCUCGUGUAUGCGAGCAAGUACGCAAUGGACAUGCAAGCCGUGGUAUUGCCAAAGGCCCUAGAGACGUUUGUGCGAUUCGACAACGCGUCCUUCAAGGUAGAGCUUACUGCACCUGAAGAGUCUCAAACCGUAGGUUGGGACACCGAAGAGUCUGUUGAUACUCAGAUGGAUUCUUCUCAAUUGUACCAACGCGUGAAUGUCACAGAAACGGAGCUGAGAGGAAGCGAUGAAUCAGCAACUGUAGAUGGUCACCUGGGUAAUGGAGGCGGAAUCAUGGAAGAUGUCGUGACAACGAAUGGAGAGCAACAUGAUAUCAUUGUGGGCGUUGAUCCGAGUCUGAUUAUGAAGAACAAUGAGGGUGCGGGACAGGAGAUGAAGGAGCGUGGCAUGAUGCCAAUGUUGUCGGGUCGGAAGAUGAGCAUGCAGCAGAUGGGCACGAUCGAUAGUAUGGAUUUGGAUCAGGUGGUGGUGGAGGAUGAGCAUAUUGCCGAGGAGAGCACGGCCGUUAAGCGGGUAGGAUUUACGGAUUGAGAACCCUGAUCGGCGAGCGGGUUACAUUAUCAUGAAGCCGAUGAUACCCAGGCUACAAGAGCGUUGCGGGCAUGCUAAGUUUUAAUUGAAACCCUUUGAACGAGU